AAGCGGAAGUGUGGGAGGGUCUGCGGGGCGGGCUUGGAGAAGUCCCGGGGGAGGAUGGAGCACUGAGCGGGUCUGGGCGGCUGCCGGCAGCGCCAUGGAGACGGUGCAGCUGAGGAACCCGCCGCGCCGGCAGCUGAAAAAGUUGGAUGAGGAUAGUUUAACUAAACAACCAGAAGAAGUGUUUGAUGUCUUGGAGAAACUUGGAGAAGGGUCCUAUGGCAGCGUGUACAAAGCUAUUCAUAAAGAGACCGGUCAGAUUGUUGCUAUUAAGCAAGUUCCUGUGGAAUCGGACCUGCAGGAAAUAAUCAAAGAAAUCUCUAUAAUGCAGCAAUGUGACAGCCCUCAUGUAGUCAAAUAUUAUGGCAGUUAUUUUAAGAACACAGACUUGUGGAUUGUGAUGGAGUACUGUGGGGCUGGUUCUGUGUCCGAUAUCAUUCGAUUACGAAAUAAAACGUUAACAGAAGAUGAAAUAGCUACAAUAUUACAAUCAACACUUAAGGGACUGGAAUACCUUCAUUUUAUGAGAAAAAUACAUCGAGAUAUCAAGGCAGGAAAUAUUUUGCUAAAUACAGAAGGACAUGCAAAACUUGCAGAUUUUGGGGUAGCAGGUCAACUUACAGAUACCAUGGCCAAGAGAAAUACAGUGAUAGGGACACCAUUUUGGAUGGCUCCAGAAGUGAUUCAGGAAAUAGGGUACAACUGUGUGGCAGACAUCUGGUCACUGGGAAUAACUGCCAUAGAAAUGGCUGAAGGAAAGCCGCCGUAUGCCGAUAUCCAUCCAAUGAGGGCAAUCUUCAUGAUUCCUACCAACCCACCUCCCACAUUCCGAAAGCCAGAACUGUGGUCAGAUAGCUUCAUGGAUUUUGUGAAGCAGUGUCUUGUAAAGAGCCCUGAGCAGAGAGCCACGGCCACUCAACUCCUCCAGCACCCAUUUGUCAAGAGUGCCAAAGGAGUGUCCAUACUGCGGGACUUAAUUAACGAAGCCAUGGACGUGAAGCUGAAACGCCAGGAAGCCCAGCAGCGGGAGGUGGACCAGGACGAUGAAGAAAACUCAGAGGAGGAUGAAAUGGAUUCUGGCACAAUGGUCCGAGCCGCCGGGGACGAGAUGGGCACCGUCCGCGUGGCCAGCACCAUGAGUGACGGAGCCAAUACCAUGAUCGAGCACGACGACACGUUGCCGUCCCAGCUGGGCACCAUGGUGAUCAAUGCGGAGGAGGAGGAAGAGGAAGGCACUAUGAAAAGAAGGGAUGAGACCAUGCAGCCUGCAAGACCAUCUUUCCUCGAAUACUUUGAACAAAAAGAAAAGGAAAAUCAGAUCAACAGCUUUGGCCAGAGUGCCCCUGGUCCACUGAAGAACUCUUCAGAUUGGAAAGUUCCACAGGAUGGAGACUAUGAAUUUCUCAAGAGCUGGACAGUGGAGGACCUUCAGAAGAGGCUCCUGGCCCUGGACCCCAUGAUGGAGCAGGAGAUCGAGGAGAUCCGGCAGAAGUACCAGUCGAAGCGGCAGCCGAUCCUGGAUGCCAUUGAGGCCAAGAAGCGGCGGCAGCAGAACUUCUGAGCGAGGCCAGGCCAGGAGGGGGGGCCUGCCUCCGCCCCAGGCCUGCUGUCUGUGCACCUCGUGGGUUCGCAGGCUCACUCGCCCCUCCACCCUCCAGCUCCCUGACGCUUCUGCUCCAUCAUCUCUCCAGAGCACCGCUGUGAACACAGGAACGUGUGCCAGGGGGCAGGACCGUGACAGUCCCUGGCCGCCUUGACGUGUGUACUGAAACCAGGCAGGUACAUCAUUUCACAGGAUUGAUGCUGGCGCUUUGAAACUCACUUUUCAACCCCAGAAACAGAGUCUCCUAGUUGGGUGGUAGCUGGGAAAGUUUCACAUGGUCCUUUGUUUUUCUUCUCCCGAUAGCUUUCAAUGGUUCUUUCUGGAAGACUUUUAAAAAAUAUAUAAAUAUGCAUAUAUAUAUAUAAAUUAUAACUAGAUUCCCCACAUGGUGUGGUGGCAUCUCUGUACAGGUACAGUUUUAAACGGUUGCCUCUUUUCUGUAAGACUAUGGUACCGUGGGACACCAGGGCAGAGGACACCCGGAGGCUGCUGGGCCCCCCCCCCCCCGGGGCCCACCUCACUCUCCUGCAGGGCUGCAAUGACACACGAGACGGGGGCCCGUUCCUUCACCCUCCAUUCAGCCCCGCGUGGGCCAUCCCUGGUUGCUGGAGCCAUAAGUGACGUCCCAGGGAAGCCCUUGAGAGGCCGUGUUUACUUCCUGAGUCCCAGGAGCAGCCUGGAGCCCUCUUUGCAAGAUUGACCUCUGCAGUUUCAAUGCCUUUCACCCCUCUCCCCCCUCCCAACUGCCUAGAGUCACAGCACAGAUACUGCCCAGUGCCUUAAGAGGAGAUGUGAUCCGGCGAGGGGACAGACCUGCCAGGAACUCCCAGCAACGACGCAGCGCUGUGUUCAGUCCGCACAAGGGAAAGGGUUUUCGAAGUUCUCAUUGUUGACGCGAAGAUUACAGACGCAGCAUUUGGUUCCACGUUCCUCACAGAUGGGGGUAGAGGGCAUUGCUUUUGUGAUCCACAUUCAAUCACGUGACUGUUUUCUUUUUCCUUGUACUUCUCCCGGGUCUGGAAAGGGUAAAGGAAUAUCAGGCUGAUAUUUGUUCUCCAGGAGACUCAACCCAGGCGGGUGGAGUGUGCCAGAGCCGGAAGGCCCCAAGGACAUCCAUCUGCUCUGACAGAGGCUAAGAGAGGGGAAGUGACAUGGCCCAAGUCACAGAGCAAAUUCAAGGAAGAGCUGGGGGCUCCUCACGCCUGCUUCAUUGAACCAAGCAGCCCCUGCUCUGAGGAAGGCACGCGUGUGUCAGUUUUGGUGAAGCUGUUCCAGGAAACUCCGCGAACAGGAACCUGCUCUUGCCGCAUCUCCUCAGUAGGCGCCUGGCUGUGAAGAGACUCCCAGGGGGAGCCAGGUCGCUGUUUCUGCCAUUCCAUGAGCUCUGAAGCAUCUGCCAGGUAGCAGACAGGCAUCACACAGGCAGAUAUAGGACCUGAAGCAGACCAGAGGGCUUUGCAGCCGAAAGCACUGAGCCAUCCCUCCUUGGCACUGGCUCAAGGCCACGUGCUGCCACUUGGGAAAGGCAACUGUCUUUUUAUUUUUGAGCAUCUCUUCCCCUCAGAGAGGGGAGCUCUGACUGGGUUGCACCUAAGGAUACAGUAAUUUGAUUCCAUAAUUGCCUUUGCUACCCAAGCCUGGGAAUCAGUGGGGAGGCGGGGAAAUGUUCCUUUUCUGUGGCCAGAUUCCCUUCUUUGCAACUGCAGCCAGUUUUUAAAAAUGCAAGAGGCCAUUGUUGGUCUGCGAGGCUUGGCCAGUUAUGCAGCUGUGUGGCAGAUACAGAGAAGAGAGGACAAUUCGAGGGUCCCACUGUAAUAAUAAAUGGCAGCUACCCAUCAUUGACCACUUAUUCAAUGCUAGGCACUGAGCUAGGUAGGUAGGUUCUUUUUGUGUGUCACCUCCAAACUUCCCAGUAACUCUGUGAAUUAUAUAAUCUCCGUUUCAUAGAUGAAGAAACAAGGUCAGAGAGAAAAAGGUUCUUUCCCAAGGCGGUACAGCUAGUAAGUGGGAGAAUCAGGAUUCAGAGCAUCAUCAUGUAGUAUUUACAGGGGGAAAAAAAGGAAAGUCACAAAUCUUCUUAAAACGAAGGGACCACUUUUCUCGCAGAGCCUGAAAAACUCUAACUGGCAUUCUUAGGUUGGGAAACCGCUGAAUUAGUAGUCAGGUCUGACGGCCAGGUAGGUUUUAAAAAUCAGCUAUGGAGCAUGAAUUUCCCCACAGCAUCUGCCGUGCUAACUAACAGUCCUGCCUCGGUCGUGCUCUCUGCCCACCCCUCCCUCUCGCUAAAGGACUUUGCACGUGGCCAGACAGGAAGGGAGUGCCCAUUUUCUCCCUUCCUAAACUGGAUCCAAGUAAAAGAAGGUUCGGUUUUUCCCCAUAAAUCUUCCUGGGGGAUGACUCUUGAUCUGGAGUUUAUUUUGCCUCAAGCAUGUGUGCAUCCAGCGUGCUGGUCCAGCACAGUCCCCCACUCUCCAGCCUCGCUAGACAGAGCAUUUGGCCAGAAGUCAAUUUAUUUUGGAUGAGACAAAUUUCCUGACAAGGUGUAUUUGUUUUCUUGUGACAGGAAGGCAGAGAAGCAAAUCCUAGUCUUUUUUUUCCCUUGAAUACUAAAUGCAGGAUAGGUCAGCCGGUUGCCACUGCGCCCUGAGCAUCAGGCCUUGCUUGAGCAUUUGUGACUCAAGCUUCCAGGAGACUGUUUCUCUCCUAAGAAACAGUGACCCAGACCUAACUGUCCUUUAAAAAUCUCAGAUUCUCUAGGAAUAUCUUUAUUGCCUGCUCACUAGUAAUUUUGAAGCAAAUUUCUAUUUUUCUUGGUUCCUGUUCCUUUCCCCAACCACCAACUGGAUGGAUUGGUGGGUGAAUAUUUGGCUUGAUGGACAGAUGGAUAAAGAGACAGGCAGAACCAAUACUCUGAAGCAAUUAAGAAGUAGAGCCUUGACUCCUUGAGACUAUAGAUUCUGAUCCAGGAAAAACUUAUUUAGCACCUGCUGCCAGAAAUUUAUUAUACCAUUUUAAACUCAAUAGCACUUACCAACAUCAGGAAUGAGAGCGGCGACAUCAGUAUAGAUCCUACCGGUAUUAUUAAAUGGCUGUUAAUUUUAUGAAAAACUUUGUGCUGAUAAAUCAACAGCUUAAAUAAAAUGGACCAAUUCCUUAAAAGAUAGAGCGUACCAAAGCUCACUCAAGAAGAAAUAGAUCAUCUGAAGCGCCCUAUCUCUGUUUUAAACAUAGUGGCUCUGGUAGAUAGAGGUAUUCUUGUCCCCACUUUACAGAGGAGGAAACUGAGGCUCAGAGAGGUCAAGUCUGUUGCCCAAGAUCACGUGGCUGGAAUAUAGCAGAGUCAGAAUUCAAAUCCACAUCUUCUGAGUCUCAUUUCAGUGCCCUUUCUCGCACACCACGUUGCCUCUAAAGAUCGCAGCUCCUUUUUUACUGGAACCUUGUUCUGGCCAGCCCACAUCCUCUCACCCCAGCCUUUCGUAAGCGCCAUGUCUGUGUUUUCAUCAGGAUGGGAGUCAUUGUACUUGGAAUCCAUGUUCUUUUUUAUGUGUUUGGGGAAAAAAAGAAAUCUCUUCCACCAGCUCGCCCUUGGACCAACUUGGAAAAAGAAGAGCUUGAGUGUUGUCGCAGAUGUACCACUUAAAAAAAUGUGAAGUUUGUAGCUUUAACUUUUUGUAACAAAAAUGAAUGACACUGGCGAAAGUGCUGACUGGAAAUGCUAUUUUAUAAAGUGUGGGUGUAAAUAAUCAAUCGAGGUCAGCAGUUUGUAUAUGUAUGAGACAUAGCUUCCUCCAUCGCCCUUUAAAAAAAAAUGAGAUGCUUCCUAUGUGCUUUUAUGUUAGAAUUAGCAUUCUCCCCCUUCCUACUUCCUGUAUCUUGUCACCUUUGUUUUAAAUAAACUGUCCUUUGGACCAGA